AUGGGUAAGUCCGGACGAAGACGCAGGACGCGAAAAGAAGAAACACUGGUCCAUGAUUGUUUACAAACUAUCGAGCAACAAACCAGGAUAAGACCUGACUUAGAAGAAGAAGAACUUGACAAGGGAGAAAUUCUUUUUGUGGAUGGAUCAUCCCGGAUUGUAGAAGGGAAAAGAAUAUCAGGAUAUGCCAUUGUCCAGUUGCUUAAAGGAGAAUUCAAACUUAAGGAAUCGGGACCCUUAAGUGCUAGUUGGUCGGCGCAAGCCUGUGAACUAUAUGCCCUAUGGAAAGCCUUAGAACACUUAAAAGGGAAAGAGGGAACCAUAUAUACUGAUUCUAAGUAUGCCUUUGGAGUAGUACACACGUUUGGAAAAAUCUGGGAAGAAAGAGGUUUUAUAAACUCACAAGGAAAAGGAUUGAUUCAUCAGGAAUUAGUUAAGAGAGUUUUGGGAGCAUUAAAAGGACCACAGAAAAUAGCAAUUGUACAUAUAAAAGGUCACCAAAGGGGAACUAAUUAUCAGAUUAGAGGAAAUAACAUGGCUGAUACAGAAGCAAAGAAAGCAGCUGGGAACAUACACGUUAUAUUAACAAUGGCUGUACAAAAUAAGGACUAUGGAAAGAGUUUUGAUCUAAAUGAAAAGGAAAAAUUAAAACAAAUGGGGGUUGUAGAAAAAGACGGCAAAUUUGUACUGCCAGACGGGCGGGAAGUUUUACCCAAGGGACUAGCUGUAGAUAUACUUACAAAAGUACAUGAGAAGACUCAUUGGGGAGCCCAAGCUUUGGUGGACCAUUUUGAGCAACAAUAUACAUGUGUAGGAGUCCACAACUUGGCAAAAGGUGUGAUACUUUCCUGUGAAACCUGUCUCAAAGUAAAUCAUAGCCGUAAACAACAGAAGCCCCUUGGUGGGAGACCCCCUGCCUACCGACCCUUCUCGAAUAUACAAAUUGAUUUUACUGAAUUACCUAAAGUUGGAAGAUAUAAAUAUUUAUUGGUAAUAGUGGACCAUUUGACAAAUUAUGUAGAAGCAUUUCCAACUGCUAGAGCUACUGCAAAUCAGGUAAUUAAAAUUUUACUUGAAAACAUCAUACCAAGAUAUGGGGUACCUCUAAUUAUUGACUCAGAUAGGGGACCUCAUUUUAUUUCAAAAAUUGUUCGAGAAUUGGUCGAAGCAUUAGGGAUUAAAUGGGACUACCAUACUCCAUGGCAUCCACAAAGCUCAGGAAAAGUAGAAAGAAUAAAUGCAGAAAUCAAAAGUACUUUGACUAAAUUGAUGGUAGAAACAAAGUUAUCAUGGGUAAAGUGUUUACCAGUGGCAUUGUUGAUUUUGAGAACAAGACCAAGGACGGAUCUGGGGGUAUCAUCAUUCGAAAUGUUAUAUGGGAUGCCUUAUAGGAUUGAGAAUCCUCAAGAUAAUGUAUUAAUAAGAGAUCAAGAAUUACAAGAAUAUAUAUCAAAAUUGGCUGAACAUAGGGAAAUGUUGUGGAAAAAGGGAUUGAUUGUCCAGAGACCACCAUUGAAUUUGAAAAUACAUAAUAUUACACCAGGUGAAUGGGUGAUGAUUAGAACCUGGAAAGAAGAAACUUUGAAACCUAAAUGGGAAGGACCUUAUCUUGUGUUGCUCACUACAGAAACAGCGAUCCGAACUGCUGAACGUGGAUGGACGCAUGCCAGCCGAAUUAAGGGACCAGUGCCACCCCAGUGGAAGAUAACCAGUGUUCCUGGAGAUACUAGAAUAAUCUUGAAAAGAUGAAUCAUGAUUUUAGAUAUAUUUGAAUACACUUUUGACAAAUUUCGUUCUUUGCCUUUAGGAGUACAGUUUAUAAUAGCAUUUUCAAUAGCUGUUUUAAUUUCUUUGUUAAUAUUUUAUUUGUGGAGAAUUGCAAAGUGUGGAUACGGUGUGUGUUCAUGAACCAAGAUAACAGUGAAAGGGAUUGGGCAUUAUAUGGCAGAUGUGUUAGAUUCACCAAGGACCCCACUACAGUUAUAUGUAAUAUAGAUGUAUUGAUCUUUUGUGGAAAACCAGGGUGCAUAUGCUAUCCAUUUGUUUGUUUUAAAUGCAAAAAGUGUCGAGAAAAAAUGGUGGGCUCAUUGUAGAGACGGAUUUCCCCCUAGGGGAGUAUGUGAUGUUAGUUAUAAGGAAAAAGAGAAAUCACAUAUCAAACUCUGCAAUACCUAGAAUCUAGAGAUCCCACUUCAUUGUGGGACCC